AUGGACCCGGAAGCGCUUGUCACGUUCCUGUUCAGAGCACCUCCUGAGGUACGGACAGUGGAGCUCAUGGGAUCAUGGGACAACUUCAACCAACCAUACCGUAUGCACCAUGAUCGAAGACGAGGGAAUGGCUUCUGGAGCGGAUGUUUCAAAUUCGAGAAUAUCAUCUUUGAUGGCGAGGAAUUCCAGUGGACCAAGCCGCGUAGUGGAGGACUCAAGCAGGGCGGCACUUACUGGUACUACUACCGGCUGAACUACGACAUCGAUGCCUACGACGACAGGCAGGAAUACACCACAGGCUGCCCGCUAUUACCUGGACAGGCCGUGAACGUCAUUGAUGUACCAUAUGAGAUGGUGGAGCCCCCAACACGGUGUCACAGCGCAUACGGGGUGACAGAGGACAUUGCUGGCAGUCUAGCGAAUGUCGGCGAGGAAAAGACGCUCGAUCCGGCUCAGAAGAUGGCUGCCCUUGAGCCACCGCCCAUUUCAAAGGUGCACUCUCGGUGCCUGUCCGAUGAAGCACUCGAUGGUCGGCUCGAGAAUCAGAAUGGACCGGUGAAUGUGGUGGACGAGGUUGUUUCGCCAGUCUCUACUGCACACCAUGAGGCUCCUCAAGGGACGCGCGACAGCAAGCUGUCACAUUAUCUGCCAGUGAAGGAUGAGGAUGUCCAGCCAGAGUCUGCCUCCCCAACACAGAGUGCACACAAGGCAGCUGGGAGCGUCUUCUCCGAUACCUUCGACCUGGGAGCUUCGGAGUACUCGGAGAACUACGAUCCUCGUGACCUUCCGAGCUUCCCAUAUCCCUGUGAUCUUGGCCCAACUCCGCUCGGGUCGGACGAGGCUCUAGCAGCAGCAAUGUUCACGUCUGACGAUGUGAUCGCAAGUGUGUUACACGCACAUGACAGCGAGCAACUCGACGAAGAUACUUGCAAGCAGAUGAGGAGGAUAUCUGAGCUCAGUCUCGGACCGAAGUCUGUACAGAAUGUACAGUUCUACGGCUCACGUCCGGGGACCAGCUUGACGGAGGAUCCAGAACAGCACCGGCCUCGAAUGUACUCUCUGCCAAACAUGGAAAUACGAGACUACCUGGACGAAAGCUCACCGGUGUCUCCAACGUCAUGUUACUCCCAUCGUGCAUCGGAGGAUGUCGAUGAGAAUCCAACACCGGUCAGUGAUGGCGCCGGGUUCGACUUGAUCUCACCAACUUUCACCGCAUCGACUGUAGACACCGAGGAUCAUGACUCGCCUUUCACAAUGUCAUCGCAGACGUCUUACACCGGCAGUGAGCAUGCGACAGUGAACGAUGAAAACGUGCCUGAAGCAGAUGCGGGUCGGCACUGGUCGCUUAGCUCCAGCCAGGAUCGAGCUCAGUACGAGGCAGGAAGCGCCACAACGAACGGCCGAUCACACCCGCGCCUUCUAUCGCCGACAUUUGUGAACUACUCCCUUCCAAAUCUGGCAUCAGAAAGCAACCAUUCCCUGGCCAAGACCAUUACAAUGUCACCACCACAACAACCACAGGCACCGCGAUCAAGGCACGAAGUAUACAUACCCACCCCGACCAUUUUCAGUGAAGGUGAAGGAAUAUCCAUGGCGGAGGACAUCUUUAGCGAGUUGGGCUUUUGA